AUGUUCUUUUCUACAGACAUCUUGGUAUCUGCUACUGGUCCUACGGUAGUUACCUCGACUGCACUAGAUUCCGGUAUCUUCUACUCAUCUGACGUCUUCACCUUGACAUCAACGGCAUCAGAUGGCGGAACAUUCUUUUCCUCCAAUACUCCUACAUCCACUGUUGAUUCGCACACCAGUGCCCAUUGUCUCCCAACCGCACACCUCGACAACCCUCUGAACCCUAAUGUGGCACCGCCGAUUGAUGCUGUACCAUCAUUCGUUGACUACAGCACACCACCAAUUGCAUUACCUGAAGUUGCCGGGCGUGCUUUCGACCGUGGAACACCAUUUGAGAUGCCCAAUCUUACGUCUUUAGGAAAAGAAAUGCCUACGGGGUUAUCGUCAGUUUUGACAAAGCGGGCCGUUCCCAGGAUCGCGAGUAACCCAGGUCCGAUUCUCGGCGCUGUGGUAAUCGUUCUGGGUAUCGUUCUUGCGUUGUUCUUGUCAGUCAAGUACUGUUUGCGCAGAAGUUCCGGGCCCCACGAUUUGGAAAAGGGAAAUUAUCCGUACACUCGCGGUCGUCGUCGCUACCGGGAUGGUUCACCUUCAGUCACUCGUCCUGAUGACAUUCCAAUCUCCGAAGGCUAUGGCAUGGAUCCCGUCGAUCUUGCUCGCGCUCAGAAUUGGCAAGACGGUUUCUCUGAAAAAGGUGUGGAUGUUACCCGAGACUGUGUAGAUCGAGCCAUUAGCGCUGACAACUUUCAGUGGAUUCCCAUUUCCGGAGGCGGUAACGGUGGCGCGUAUGUAUCUCCGCAGCUUCCCAGCUCCAUCCCAACACGCAAGCUGGUACCUAAACCCCGUCCUGUAACCCAGCUGCCGGUGCCCUCAUCCGACCUGCGCCCUCUAGAUAUAAUUGAUCAGCCAGUCUCCGCGUUGAGUUCGGACGAUGGACAGAUUGAUCACAACCGUACGCGAGAUUACAACAAUGGCUCACCUCUUAACUCGCCUACAAUGCGUCGUGGUCCUUUUGGGUGGUUGUGA